CUUAUUUCUUGUUAUAAUUCAGUUAUGUCAUUAUGAAGUCGAAAGAAAUAUUGUUCGUUUCCAUUAUUUUGGUUAGUAUAUUUAUGAAAGUAGGUUCUAGGGAGAACAGUAGGUCUUUAAUAAGAAAAAGGCGAUAUCUGGCUUUUCCCGAGGGUUCAGCAUUUUCGGGGGUAUUUUGUUUAACGAACCUAAUGAAAUUGCCGGCUGACACGGAUAUUUUUUCUCUCAACAUCAAUUGGGGUAUAGUAUACGAACUGCCGAACGAUACGAAACCCUUGUUAGAUGUGUAUAAGCCAGCGAUGAAAAGAAGAAAUCGAAGGGAUUUGUAUACAAGAGUAGAAAAGGUGUUAAAAUCCAUGGGAUACGAUGGCAAAUCCUGCAUUUUAAGGAGUUUAUGCGAGGCAGGGCAAAGGCUUCGUUUGAAAGAAGAUAGUUUAGCAUACCACAUACUAAGUUUAAUAUUCAGAUUUCCUCAAGAACCAAUAUUGAAACAUGAACCUGAUAGUCAUAGAUUAUACCAUUAUGCAUCGACUUUAGGAUCAAAGGACGAUAGUGGGGUAAUUGAUGAAUAUUCUGAAGAGAUCGUAGAUAAAUGUUCUGAAACAUUUAAAUGCCCGUUUUCAUUGAUAGAUUUAGCCCUAGGGUAUUAUUCGAGUCAUCCCAUGAACAGACCAGGUUACAGAUAAGAUAAAAUGUUAUAUAAAAUAUAUUUCAAUUAAUUAAUUUAUUAAGGAAGUCUGUUAUAUAUUAUCUAACUGGCAAUUUAAAUCUGAUUUUAAUGAUACAAAAGUUUAAUAUUUAUAAAUGUUUUGACUUUUUUUUAUUAGUAAAAUUAUAUAGACAGUUAAAUGCUG